AUGCGUCUCCUGCCUGAACUCGAAAGCCGAUUGCAUUCUAGAUCUGCUCUCACUGCCUCGGCCAACAAAAGCCAGCAUCAAUUGCAUCUGCUCCCUCAGCAGACUCAACCUGGCAGGCCAGCGAUUCGUCCUUUCGAAUCCGUCCCCAGCUCUUCACCACCGGCAUUCGUUAGCCCUGGAGCCGAUUGCCAUUCAUCGCUCAGCCUUGCUGACAACGAGGCAAUGAUGAUCGUUGCUCAGGCUCAAGUGUUGGCCAAACUUGCCACAAACGUGCGCUGCGCCCAGCUUGAUCGCCUCCUGACUUGGCUGAUCGCUCUUGAAACGAUCGUAUUACCCGAGUCCCGGUCGCUCCAGAUCGGCACAGAAAACCACUACGAUUCAACGGCGUUAUCCGCUAUCCUUCGGGCAGGGGAAAUUUCGCCAAAGGCCCCUGGUUCGUGCUUUGAGGCUAUGGAAGAAGGUGAGGUCGUACAGGAUACUUGUCUGGCCGACGCACGUGAAUACCUUUAUGAAAAGGGUACUGAUGAGCUGAGAGAUGCAAGUUCAGGGCUACAGCCUAAUGCAUGGGAAGUAGAUGUAGAUUCAAGAACUCUAAGAAAGGAUUAUGAGAAUGUAGAUCUAGAAGAAGAGAGCCCGUUAGUGCGCUUGAUGCCACCGCGCGAGUUGCUCGACCUUUGCCGCCUUGUUGUAUCAUUUGCCAAAUAUUCAUCUAUUCCUCCCUCUGCCGUCCCUGUACCUGGUCGACCCACAGAAUUACCAAGUUCUCGUGCAAUAGCUAUGGCGGCAAGAGUGCUUGAAGAAGCUGACAACCUCUUGAUGGCCUCUAAAGCUCUCAUAACCGCGGGUAUGCAAGGCCAACUAGCGAAAAGGUUGGCAGUUCCUCCAGCCGCUGGAAAAGAUUUUUCAAGUUGCAGCAGCUCUCCGAAGUCAAGUGCCAUUGUUAAGGGAUUACCUGCAGGUGACUCGGACCAUUUAAGUAAGUGCUGA